AUGCGGCAACUGGACGAACUCAGUGCUCAGCUCAUGCACCAGAAGCAUCUGCUGGCGAGGUUGGGGUUGCUGGGGCCGGAAACUGGCCAAGUCAAACCCCGAAGCUCGCGAUCUCGAACCCUCCUCGGUGGCUCCUCUCUUGCGCCCGAUGAUCGAUCCACCUCUUUCGACCUUCGAUCACCCGCACUAUAUUUGAUCGACUCUCUUAAGCCAGAUCUUACCAUCGAUGUCGAGCGCCCAGAUGCCUGGAUGCCUACCAGAAAUCACCGUAUUUUGAAUGCUGGGAUUAUGUUGGCAGUACUACCUUCUGUCGACCUAUUGGGUUUGGCCAUCAAGAGCGCCGUUUUCCAGUAUAAAUACCAGUACCCAAAAAUCACCUCUGCACCCAUGCACCUAUGCUAG